AUGUGUGGACUGACGGCAUUCUUAGGUCUGAAUGGAGUUGAUCGCGAUGAGAGCACUACUGUGUCAUCCCACAGGCUGGCAUGUCAGAUAAACGACAGUCUAGACUUGGUCAAGCAUAGAGGUCCUGAUGCGCGUGGCCAGUGGAUCAGCCCUGACACUCGAGUUGGCUUCGGGCAUGUACGCCUUUCAAUCAUUGAUCUUAGCCCAGCCGGAAACCAGCCUUUCCACAGUAAAGAUGACACUAUCCAAGCCGUCGUCAAUGGAGAACUUUAUGACCACGAGCGAAUUCGAAGUGAGCUGGCCAACGAAUAUGAGUUUGUUAGCAAGAGUGACUGUGAGAUUGUCAUUGCCCUAUACCACCGUUAUGGACUGUCAUUCGUCUCUCACUUGAGAGGAGAAUUCGCUUUGGUACUUUGGGAUGCGAAACACAACCGUUUCAUAGCUGCGCGAGACAGAUAUGGCAUCAAGUCGCUCUAUUAUACCAUUAUCGAUGGAAGGCUUCACGUCGCAACUGAGAUGAAAUCUUUCUUGCCAUUUGGAUGGGUUCCAGAGUGGGACAUUGCCAAUCUUAAAGGAGUGGGAUGGAUGUAUGGGGCGAAAAUGUACUUCAAGGGAGUGCAUCGUAUCGAACCUGGUCAAAUGCUCAAGCUGGUAUAUGCAGGCACCGAAGCUGAGGCAGUCGCUCGAGUGCGAGAAUUGCUGCUCGAUUCGGUGCGGUUUCGACUUCGCGCCGAUGUGGGUGUUGGUGUGUUCCUGAGCGGCGGGCUGGACUCGUCUGCAGUUGCAGGCAUGACAGCGCAUUUGAUGAAGCAAGGAACAAGACUUGGAAAUGAAACAACCGGUGAUACCUCGAGGCUAAGCUGCUUCACGGUGCAAUUCGAGAAAGAGUCGGGGAUCGAUGAGUCCGAUAUUGCUCGACGGACUGCGGAGUGGCUUGGAGUGGAUUUCCACGCAGUGUUGCUGGACGAAGAGACCAUCGCGUCUCGACUGGAGGAUACAAUCUGGUACACGGAAACGCCGCUCCCUGAUGUGGACGGGAUGGGUCGACUGGCCGUUGCAGAGGCCGCUCACAACGCAGGAAAGAGAGUUGUUCUCACCGGCGAAGGAUCAGACGAACAUUUUGCAGGAUACAGUGACCUGAUGUGGAGCUAUUUGAGUGAGCCAGACCACGCAUGGCCCGCAUCUUUACUAGCCGUCAACGGCAGCCGAGAAGAGAUGGAGGCUACCGUCAAUCAGAGAAUGGCACAAGCGGUAGCAAAGGUAACCGCCAAGUCAGGGACUGAACAUAGUUUCAGCCACACCUCUAUAUUUCCAGCACUUGCUUGGUUCAGUCAAUUACCCUUUCAGGCAUGGACGGAGAAAUACACCCAAGGUGACCCAGAAUUGUCUUUUUUCCGAAGCUUUCGUGAGAAGACUAUCAACGACAUGGAACAGAAAUGGCACUCGCUAAAUUCAUCUCAAUACCAGUGGACCAAGUCAAUGCUGGCAAAUGGUAUUCUUCGAUAUAUUGGCGACAAUAUAGACAUGGUUUUUCAGGUGGAGACGCGGCCACCGUUUCUCGAUCAUCACCUCACAGAAUAUGUGAAUACUAUACCGCCAAGUCUAAAGAUAAGAUAUGAUCCAGAGAGAAAGAUCUUUCGUGAAAAGCAUGUUCUUCGCGAAGCCAUGAGACCAUUCAUCACCGAAGAGGUUUCGAAUCGCGUGAAGCAACCAUAUCUUGGUCCAACUAAAUACAAGGAAAAUGGACCUGUGUAUCACACUUUGAAGCGGUUACUUACAGAGGCCAAUGUUCAGAACCUGGGCUUUGUUGACUGGAGCAAGGUCCAACACACCUUCACACGCGCAUUUUGUGACGAUGACCCCAAUGCUUUUAGAAGUACUCUCUUUGUGGCUCAACUUGUGGUACUGGCCCAAAGAUUUGGAGUAAAGCCGGCAAGCGCGAUUUAG